AAGGACCGUAAGUAUUUAUUUUAUAGGUUAUUUUUGUUUUGACCCAUUGUAUUACUAUCAAAUAGUAACUAUUUUGAUUAUUACUAUAUCUCCAUAAAUUUUGAAGUUACAAUGUUUACAUAUGUUUUUCAAAUUAAUAGGAAAAGAAACAUAUGUUUAAAAAUUAAAAAUGCAUAAAAAUAUUGUGUAUGCAUCGCAUAGGGAUUAGGGGGUCAUUCAUUUGCUCAGUGCACCGAGCAGCUAAUUGAAGAAUCACCGAUUUCAUCCCUUACAAAGUCAGAGUCCCUUCAAAUUCGAUACCCAAAGCUCAACGAAAACAAAAAUCGAAGAUGGCAGCAAGGUUGAGCCACGUAGCAUCACGGAUCAUGGGUGCUAACGGCGUCGUUUCGCGUUCCGCGGCCUCCUCUCUCCGCCAGCGCUCCGGGAUGGGCCUCCCUGUCGGAAAGCAUAUCGUCCCCGAUAAACCGCUUCCUGUAAAUGAUGAACUUGUGUGGGAUAACGGGACUCCGUUUCCAGAACCUUGCAUCGACCGAAUUGCUGAUACUGUUGGAAAGUAUGAAGCAUUGGCGUGGUUGUGCGGUGGGUUGGGAUUUUUCGUGUCUCUUGGGCUAUUAGCUGUGUGGAACGACAAAGCUUCUAAAAUACCAUUUGCACCCAAGGUGUAUCCCUACGACAACUUAAGAGUAGAACUCGGUGGAGAACCCUAGACUGGUUGCUGCUUUUAGAUGUUAUUGACUCUUGCAAAUCAAUUAGCUAAAAUAAGCCGGACCGACAACCGCGUCUAUUUCUGGGUUUGUCUUGCACUUUAUAUCAAACAAUAUGAUUCUGCAAGUACUUGAUUUCUUUAUUGCUUUACAUGUGGUUUUUGUUCUUGUUAAUUCAAGAGAUUAUGUUUGAUGAUAAUACACUCUUCAUCUUUCUACGA